UCGACACCGAUUGAGAGUCGGGCGAACGAAAAGUAGGCGAGCUAGCUAGAACGGUAGACCCAAAAUUAAGCCAUUGAAGACAGAAUAUGGAAGAAGCUCUGGAAAAACACGCGAAAUCUAUUGCGGCUCCGCUGGUAUUCUUCAUCGUCGGCGUUUUUCAAUUUCUCUCCCGAUAUCUCGAACUUCGCAAGGCGAAAGGAUCGAUAUCCCAAAAGGAUGCGCAGCUAAAAGCAGAGAUUAAGCAGCUCUUGAAGGAGGCCAAUGCCUUAUCACAGCCUUCAACUUUUGCACAAGCUGCAAAGCUGAGAAGGAUGGCUGCAGCUAAGGAGAAGGAACUCGCAAAAAGUCAAGGAAUCCACAAGGAGGAGAUAAAGAUGUCGUAUGAUAUGUAUUCAAAAUGCCUAUUGGUUUUAAAGAUCUUCACAUAUUUUAUGCUCAUUCUUUGGUUUUGGCGUAUGCCUGUGGCUUCUGUAUCUAAGCAGCUGGUACAUCCUUUUGGUAAGAUGUUAUCUUGGCGAGCUGGAGGUUUUGUAAACGACAAUGUCAUGGUUGGGAUCAUUCCAUGGUUAAUCCUGUGUACUAGGGUCAGCAAAACUAUAUGCUGGAAAGUACUGAAAUAGGAGAAUAGAACAUUACUGAGAUUGUGACCUAACCAAUUUUUGUUUAAUGUAAAUUUCUUAUCAAUUCACUUCUCUGUAUUCUAUUGAAUUAUGCCCAGUGCUUGAUUGAUCUUCUCCUUGUAGGAGGUUUACCAUUACACCAUUACAGCCUUACCGGAUUACAUUUGAACAGAGGAAUUUUCAUUUUAA